UUAUUAUCUCACAGCUCUCCUAGCCCACUGAUCCUGUGCUUUCUUCUCCCUCUGCUCCCUAGACACAAUUCCAUCGAGCCAUGGCUAGUCCCUCUGCCUCCUCGUUUUUUCUCUUGCUCUUGCUGCCAACUAUCCUGGGCAUGGCUAGUGCCUAUUCUCCAGUCCAGAUUUGUGUGCGUCCCUGCCCAAGUGAGGUUAACCUGCACCUAUACCUCCACCAAUUCGUUGCUGGACCAAACCACCCAAACCGCAACGAGGAAUUCCUGAUAGCCCCAGCAAAUGCCUUUGGUUUUGGUACUACCCUCAUCCAUGAUUGGACCUUGACCAGAACAACCGAUCCUAACGAUACACUCAUCGCACGUGUGCAAGGCACACACAUCCAAGCUGGCACGACAAACGCUAACAGCUGGUACAUUUCGCAGAACAUAGUGUUUCAGAGUGGCAGAUUUGCAGGGUCCACACUUCAGGUGAUGGGGACAUUAACCGAAAACAGUGUUGGCCAGUGGUCUAUCGUCGGUGGGACCGGACAGUUUACGCUGGCCCAGGGUAUUAUCAACUACAAGAUGGAUCCGUCUUCUAACAAGGAUGAUGCUAUUAGAGAACUUAAUAUCCGUAUCCUCUACGACGCAGAUGAUGCACAAGUGGCUCGUGAUGGUGCAUUACACCUGGUGCAAAACUAAUCCACUAGGAAGUUGGCGCUAUGGAAAUAAUGCGAGUUCACGGAUGCUUGCUGUCUGAUCAAGUGCUCAUCGUGGCAUUUCUAGUACCGGUGUGGUCAAUGUCUGAUGUUAUUUUAUGUGGUGGCAAUGUGUCGAAUAUGCCGCCUUUUGUAUGUUUUCAGUUCAAAUAAGCCUUGGGUUCUGUGAUGGGACUUUUGAUCCCAAAUCCAAGCCCCAUUUGGUUCGUGGUUGUCUAUAUGUAACGUGUGACUAUUCCAUAUUUUGGACCUCUUCUUAUGGAUAUGCAACAUCUUAUGAUGUAAAUAAAUGGGAUCAAACUAUCCAUCUCUGAUAGAAAA